UUGUGUUUUUCAUUUUAAAAAGUCUCAGUUCUCAACAUCAGAGAAAUACAAAUCAACAAGUUUUAUAAAAUUUCCAUUGAGAAAAUCGCCUUUCUCCAUAUUUCUAAUGGAUAUUAUACAAUCAUACAAAGCUGGAUGGAAGAUAAACCAAAAUGAUGAAGCAUGCUACAUCGAAAUCGAUGAUGAUGUUUUCAAACGUGAAAAUGAAGAGGAUGUUCAAUGGGCUAAUCUUCCUGAUCUUUUAUUAGAACAAAUAUUUUCAUAUUUGUCAAUUAGCGAAAGGUAUUACUGUACAUUAGUUUGCAAAGAUUGGUACCGUGCAUUUUAUUUGAAAAAUGUUUGGAGGAAUUUUGUAAUAGUUGACGAUACCUUAUGCCGACAAAAGUUUAAUUAUUACAGUGGAUGGCAACCUGUUCUAGAUUGUAUGCGCGCACAAACAUGCCUUACAAGAAUUGGACGGUUUAUUAAAGGAAUCGAGAUAUUACCAUCAUAUAAUUUUAAUAAUAUCGCACAAUUCAUGGUUCUUUUGACUUUUAAUAUUCAACAAAGCCGUCGAUCUAGAUGUGAUCCAAUAUAUUUUGAAGUCGGCAAAAGGAUUAAAAGCUUUAAAUAUGUAUUUCCAUGCAAUAUGGCAAAUAAUGAACAGGAUGUAAAACUAUAUGGAACAGGUGGAUCAUUAUUGAAAACUUUGAAAUGCUUAAUGUUUGAAUUGAAUGAAUUAAGAAACUUGAAACUUAUUGAUUUGAUGCUAGAGCGAUAUGAAGCAAAACAUUUACUUGACGAGGUUCUUGAAAGUUGCGAGAUGGCUUUACAAAGUUUAUAUUUGGUAAAUGUUACAAGUACUCAUUGUCCAAUUAUGCAUGUUGGAUUAUUCUUCAAUUUAAAAGUCUUAACCAUAUCACCUCAGAAUUUGGACGAUGAUGUUUUACAACUCCUAGCCUCAACAGCAAUAAGAGAUUUAUAUAUCUUUCAGAAUAACUAUAGUCCCAAUUAUGCAGCAGCUUGUUCCGAAAAAGCUUGGAAAAAUUUUCGAAAGGAUAAUCCAAAAGCAAGAGUACAUCUUCGGGCUGAAUCUGCUUCACAAAAAUUAGUCACAUUGCAGUCAUUUGCACCAAUUAAUUCUGUAACAUAUCGAACACCAAAAAAUAAAGCAUCACUGGAUAUUAUAAAAAUAAUAGAUCUUUAUAAAUAUACAUUGGAAACAUACGGACAUGAAUCUAUACCCGAGUUUGAAUCUCAAAUAGAAUUUGAUGAAAGAAUUGAUAAUUUGUUGAUUUUAAUGGCUCGUCAAUGUCCUAAUUUAAAAAGCUUAACAAUAAGAGAAAGCAUCUCAACAUCUUCAUUGCUUCUUUUAGCUAAAAUUGGGAUCAAUUUAAUAGAGUUGAAUGUUAGAAAAUCUGCCGUAAUUGAACAAAUGGAUUGGCCCAAAAAUCCAGACUGGUCUGACGAUUUCUUUGCAUGGCUUCAAAUUUCGUCAUCUUCAAAAGAAUCGACAGAGAAGGAAAUUUCUCAAAUUUUAAGAUGUAGGUGGAUUAUGAUGUCUGACGAGAGCUUUGAAAAGCUCAAAAUAAGUUUAUCGGGUUUCUCAAUGUAGAUAUAUCAUAUUAUAUUAAAUCAUAAAAAUAA